UUACAAGUGAUUGCGCAAUCGGAGAGGGUUGGCCAAAAUAAUCGAUCCAUUCAUCGGAUGAAUGGCAUGCGCGUUAGUCUAUUUUUUAGGUGUUAUUCUUUUUUCAGAUCCUAUCAAGAGACCGAUGUUUUGGUCUAUUAUCUUGAGACUUCCGUCAACUGGUCGAUCUAUUGUCGUCUAAAGACCCCAACAGACUGGUCUGUCCCUGUUUAAUGUCUAUAAUUCACUUCAGUAAGUGCACACCUGCGAACCUCGCCCGUUGUAACCCGAGGCAGGGACGGCAAACACAAUUACGUGGAUACUACUUCUCACGAAACAGCAGCAGCAGCAAUGUCGUGGACUCCGGCCAACUAUGAAGAGGGCCAAAUGUCGAAGCUCGCCAAGAAGAGCGCAGAUGCGCCCUUCGUGCCGAUCGGCGUCGGCGGCUUCCUUGGCGUGGUCGCGUACGGCCUCUACAAGAUGCGGUCACGCGGAGACACAAAGAUGUCGAUACACCUGAUCCACAUGCGUGUGGCCGCGCAGAGCUGCGUGGUCGGUGCAAUGACUGUCGGUGUCCUCUACUCCAUGUACAAGGAGUACAUCGUCAAACCCAAGGAAACUACCACCACCGAACCAAAAUGACAGUGCCGUGAAGGAGCCAAGAGACUGGCGUGCAAUGUAUGCAGCUACAGAUCCCCCACCACCACCACGCUUGCCAAAUUGCCACCGGCUCUUCAAAUGGGGACAUUUUAUGUUAAAUUGUAAGAGAAUUAGGGUAAAGAUAAAUUAACGACUUCACAUUGAGGAAGCUACAAUAGGCAAUAUUGUAUUGUGGAUAUUUGUUUGCGUUGGCGUGGGGAGAGAUGCAGACUUCUGUAUAUUGCCGCAGCUGUAUUUAAGCAAAUGAGCGUUGUCCCAUGUUGCCUUGAUGUUCGUAACCUCUUUGGCAUCCCACUGAUGCCACUGAUACUUUACCUUGUUAUGCUAUGCUGUCAGACUGAAUAAAUGUGCAUGUGAUGUUUUAGUUUUGUUUCCUUUAUCACUGCUGCAAUGCUGGUCGGGGAAACUGUAGCAAAAUCUUAAGGCUCCUUAUUUUUAGUUUCACCAAUUUUAUCCCAAAUUGAAUGUCUUAUAACAUGACAAUGAUAGCACAUAUCUCAAAGCAGCAAUAGCCUGCAGAAGCAGAUAUCACAGAACUACUUUGGAGUUCCGUUCAAGUGACCUGUGCUCAAAGGUGACAAGCAUUUUCCUACUCUCUUUGCUAGACAGUGAUGCUCAUUGUAGAAAUCAAGCAAAUGUUUAUUUCUCAGAUGUAAAUUAGCCAAAUUUAAAUACAGAACCAACUUUUUAAUUGAGGGGCUUUUUCAGCUGUUGGUGACCAGGCUGAAACUAGCAAUUCACUGCACUUGAGAUCCCGGGGCUAAUCACAGGUGGCUGACUGGAUUAGAACCCAGAGUCUCGGCAGUGCCAGCCAACCUCUAAACCGUCUGGCCAUUCAAUUUUUUUAAGGGUGGGCAGAUGUGGUGCAAGCAGCCAUGAUUUGCAUUUUCCCAGCGUUCGGCGUUGGAGGUAUUGACUUGAGGAAAUGGUUGUGGUUUUAGCCGCGACUGCUUACAGAGUUGCACGCAAGCCUCUGGCCGGCGGUGUCGAGGCUUGGUGGGGGAGGGGGGGGCAAUGGUUUGUGGAUGGAUGUAUUGGCCUUGCAUCCUGUAGUGGUAAAAGUUGUUAGUGCAUGUUUUAUUUACAAAAGCUAUGAACGGGAGGGGAUGGUGCAGUAGCACGUGCACUGGGCUAUGAACCUGGUGAACAAAGUUCGAUUCCCAGCCUCAGCUUGCAUUUAUUUGUGAGAUGCCCAAGCUGGUCCUGGGCCCUUAACCAACCUGUCCUGAUCAGCAUGGUGAAGGGUGAGACAAUCCAUAUAACCAACAGGAGGUGAGGCCUUCAUCCUGCAGUGGAUUGAUUAAAGGGCUGUGCAUUGUUUAAAAUUGUUUUUUUGUUGAAAGCUUGGUGCCAAUUUAUAAGAUCUUGGAGCAUUCAGACACUGGGAAAUGCAGCAUUAGUUUUUGUUGGUGCAUAUAAAGUUAUGUAAAAAUUGGACCCCACCUAUCAAUCUACUGCUAAGCCGUAUUGAAGGGUUUUGUAGCAAUACUUCACCCUGGUGAAAGAGUUUUACGUACAUAGGGUAUGUUUGUAUAGCCACAAGGCAGCGUUAUUAACUUGAAAUGGUAUUGUAACAUUUACCUUCAAAUACAAAAAUCACAGUACACUGCAAUCUGGUUCCCAAAUGGUAUUUAUUCAGAAAAAUGAAAGGUGUUAUUUUAAUAUAUACACAUUAAAUAACUACACUUUGUUUGUCCUUUAUUGAAUGUUGGACAUUGCCAAAGCAAAUAAAACCUCCACUAUACAAUC